AUGUCCUUCCCGCCACCUCCAGGUCACCAACCUUCGUCGCUCCCUCCGCGACCACCUCAAUCAGCAAACACAAAUUCACAAUAUGCGAACAGCGGAUAUGGCGGGGGCUCGCGGCCGGGCUUCAACGCUGCUAUGGCGUUUGCGCCUCGUUCCGUAGCCUCUCAACAGCCCUACCGUACCAGCAGUCCGGUCGUUUCGGCUGCGCCCACUGCGUCAAGCGGUUAUUCCACUCCAACAAGCACCAGCUACGGCAACUACUACUCGCAACCGCAACCGUCAUAUCAAGCGGGCCCUUCAUAUUAUGGUGCCGCGCAGUACAGUAAUGCGGGUACGACAUACGGUCCUACGGUCCCUCACAUUCAGAACCCCUUCGCGCCGUCGGGCAGCGACCCGAGCCGCGGACGAAACUCUGGCCUCGACGCCGAGACAGAAGCGCAAAUCGCGCAAUGGCAGACCGCCUAUGCCAGUAAGGAUGAUGCAUCUACCAUGAGUAAGGGCGCCGCCCGUCGAGAAGGGAGUACCGGCACACCUGGCGCAACUACUGUAUAUACCUCGUCCGGUACUACGCCGACCUCUACAACCCCCGCCGCAGGAGUCGAGUCACAAAAGACCGUCGUCCGCUCUGGCGGUGGCCAGACCUGGACCGACCCGACCCUGCUCGAGUGGGAUCCGGCCCAUUUCCGUCUUUUUGUCGGUAACCUUGCGGGCGAGGUCACCGAUGAUUCUUUGUUUAAGGCAUUCUCGAAAUACACAUCCGUUCAGAAAGCGCGCGUUAUCCGCGACAAACGCACGCAGAAGAGCAAAGGUUACGGGUUCGUUAGUUUCAGCGACGGCGAUGACUACUUCAAAGCUGCAAGAGAAAUGCAGGGCAAGUAUAUUGGAUCGCAUCCUGUCCUCCUCCGACGCGCAACUACCGAGGUCCGGCCCGUUUCCAAUACAAAGAACAAUAAGAAAAAUGCUGGCAAGGGCGGUGGUUCUGGUGGCAACCAGGGCGCUAAGGUGAAGCACGAUGGAAUCAAGAAGCCAGGAAAGACUAGAGGAGGCCUGAAGAUUCUGGGUUGA